UGGUUAUUUUAUUUAAUUUUUUUCUAAAAAAAAAUGGUGCAGUAAUUCCAGAUUAAAUGUCAAUAUAAAUGGAAUAGGAGAGAUAAUAGAUCAGUAGAAAAAGGAAGAAGAAAUAGAACAGUGUAUUUGUGCAUCCCAACAUGAUUUGCAGGAAAAUAAAUCAGUUUUCAAAAUUUUUAUUUCACGUGUUAAUUAUAGCAGGUUGACAUUUGGAUCGUCAAAAAUUUCCACCGUGAAAAGUAAAAACAAAACAAACAAAAAAAAAAGCAAAAAAUGAAAAAGAGUUAUAUGAAGUCAAGUCGGUUUACACUUCAAUUAAUUGAUUAAUUAGUAACGCGUUUCCCCGAUACUUCACCGAAACCUCCGCUUGGAAAACUUAUUACACUUGUCCACAUCCACUGAUUAAUCGUGGAAUUCCUUAUAUAUACAUAUAUAUAUAUAUGCGCCCCUUCCCUUAACCUUGUCCAUAAUUAGCUAGAGAAAGUGUAGUUUAUAAAGAAAUAUAUUGAUAGAAUUAAUGGAGGAUCUGCGUCAGACGGCUUUGGCUUACUACACGGCCGCGACUGACGACAUACGACAUGUCGUAGAUGAGUUUUUCCGUGAGAUGGACCCGAAGGGCAAUGGGUACGUGAAGUUCAAGGAGUUCUCGGCGUAUAUGGAGACGAUGGGGUGCCCUAACAUGAGCUCGGAAGAGUUCUACGACGAGCUUAAGCAGUGCGGAAACGACGAGCUUUAUCAAGACGACAUCAUAACUUUGUUUUACAUAAUCCAAAGUAACAGACCCUUCUGUGGGGGCAAGUGUAAGAAAUUUGUGAAAGGCAUGUAUUUCACUUGUUUGAGAUGCUUUGACUUUGACCACUGUGACUAUGAGAUCAACCAAAGUAGUACCAGUACUACUGCUACUUUCAGUGUUUGCUCUCAGUGUUACGCCGAGGGCCAUUUUGAGCAUCGUCACCAGGAAUUUCUGGAUCCCAUUGUUUUGCUUAACUUGAAGAGAAUGAAAGCUUUGAGCAACAAGCAGAGUACUACUUCGACGGAUGCUGAGGCAGCAAGCGGUUCAACUGUUUCGUCUGAUAAUAAAACCGUUGGGGGAUCUAGAACAAGAUCCAAAAAACCCAAAUAUGAGCGUUCUCCAUCAGAAGUUGAAACGUAUUUCAUGAAACCAUGUCCGACAUCAUCUGAGUCUUCUUCCAAUGAUUCUUCUCACUCCCAUGACGACAAACAAGAGACGACAAGCAAUUACUCUUUAUCUAAAGCAAUUGUACCAGCUGUCAAUCAACAAUCUAAACAAGCUAAGAUGCAGACAGCAAUACAAUUUGGGCAGCUAGUGGCAAGCAUAGGGAGUGUAGUGUUCGCAUCCCAGCUUUGUACCAUAAUGUGACUCUACACCCCGAAUGUAUAUCAUAACAACU